AUGGAUGUUGACUGCCCGAUCUUCCCCAUCUCGGUCGACUUGGGAAGUGUCGCUUUUGUGGACUCACCCGUUGUCUGGGCGGUUGGCUAUGUGCGCGAUCCAAGCAUCAGUUACACAUUGUCUGGUAGCACGGCAUCCCUCCGCCCGUACUACACAACACAGUAUCCUACCACCGAAGAGGCCUUGGAGUUCUUCGUCUCCGAUUUCAACAACUCGCUUACUCGGGCAAUAUCCCUCGAUACGCAAGUUCGCCAAGCGGCUUCUAACAUUUCGGCCAGCGGUAAACUGUUCGACAUGCUUUCGCUUGCCACUCGCCAGGUGUUUAGCUCUCUCGAAAUAACGGCUCCCUAUCAGUCGGACAACACGACUAGGAUCUUCAUGAGAGACAUGGGCACCAGUCAACGCGUCACUCCCGUGGAGAGAUUGUACGCUGCACUACCCAUGUUCUUGUAUUACAACGCAACAUUAGUCAAGCUACUCCUGGUACCGCUCCUUGAACAACAGAAUACGUCGUUGGGUGCCUUUCCGUACGCAUCGAAAGACCUCGGUUCCCUGUUCCCGGAUGUAUCUGGCCCGAACCUGAUAUCCACAGAGGCAAUUGAACAGUCGGGGAACAUGCCAUCAUUACACUCGCUCACGCCAAUAUUCAAACGAUACGUCGCUGCUCCAUGGCUAUUAUUACUUGCUCAAGAAUUGGGCAGAGUACCUGACGCAGCAUGGGCAAUUUCCUCCUCAGGGCCAAUUAUCGUCGACGACGGAAGUGACGCCACAAACUCGACCAACCUGGCAGUGAAGGGCAUCCUUGCCAUUCAAGCCAUGGCGGAGAUAAGUCAAUUAGUUGGGGAGAGUGAUGAUUCUCAGCAUUCAGCAGAGCUGACGUCCAAUCCGCGAUAUAGCCCCGCAUUAGGAGGCCUCUUCGCGCCGUUCCUGCCGCAGAUGCGCAGCGGUACCGUGACCGUAUCGCCCCCCAGUUACUCCAUCACAAGCACUAGUGCUUCCGGCAGUGGCUCGCUCGAUGUUGGUGCCAUAGCGGGCGGCGUCGUCGGUGGUGUCGUCGGUUUAAUUGCGCUCGCAGGACUCGGAUUAUGGCUACUGCGACGUCGUCGAUACCGGAGGAACGCCGACCUCCUCGACAACAACUGUACAAGGACAGAACCCACGCCCUUCGAUGCUGCGCCCGCUUUCACAGCCCAAGCACCAGGUGUCAUACUCACGGAAAAGCAGCGUCGGGAACUCGAAUUGCCAAGGGAAGAAAUACCUGUCCUGCCGUCAACCGGCUCGUCUUCCGCCAUGCCAGUUGCAGAGCCUCCAUCUGGGAGUACGACGGUCCCUACGACGGCGAAUGCGUGACUGUGGGGGAUUUGCUGGGGCUGCGCUCGAUGAUCGAGGAUCUGCGCAGAAUCGUUUGCAGAACGUGCACAUCGAGGCAGCCGAACCUUCGGACUUGGGUGCG